AAGGAAAAAUCAAAAUAUCAUUAAAAAAAUCACAUAAAAGGUUUCCCAAGCUUCUUACAAAAGAUAAGACGAUAUUUCGCGCUUUACGUCAUUGCGUAUAACAAUAACAAUUAGCUCAGUCGUCAGGGAGCACCCGUUAGACGGAGAAACGAGCCCCGGUUGGGAAGCGACGACGCCUCGUCGGGCGAGAGCGAUGGGAGUGCGACAACAACACCUACGCACACGUCGUCGCGACACGAGUGAAGCGGCAACGCGCUCCUCGAGCUACGCUCAGCGUGGUCCAUAAUUUCCCUCGCGACCUCCCCUCCCACCCCCGCGUAGUAGUGGCGCUGGCUUCGUGCUUCGGCGGCGGCUGCACUCCGUCCACCACCAUCGGCAACCACCACCACCCCCUGCUGACGGCCGACCGAGCGGGGCCGACUCUGACAGUGGUGGUCGACUGAUGACAGCCGAGGCGUCAGUCCUCGGUGCGCCAGCGUGCUGGGUGGAACGCACGUCGCACACGCGUUACGCGGAGCAGCACGCGUGGACGAGCAACUGUCAAACUGUGCGUCAUCCCGGCGGGAAUCCGACGAGAAUCCCCGUUCCCCGGGGAUCCAUCGAGUGACUCGUGAUCGGGGGACGUCUCCGCAAAAUGCGUGUCAUCCUCGGGGUCUCGAAAUUGACAUCGAGCGUUUUUUUACUCGUACCGAGCGGAUGAGUCCGGAGCGCGAUGAGUGAUUCAUAGGGGAAACUGUAAUACUACUCCGUUUCUCGCUAUCGAGGAGAGCGAGAUUCCUCGGGACGGCACGAUGACGGAGCUCGCCAAGGAGGCGUUCACCUCCCGCAAUUACCAUCUGGCGGCCGAGCUGUACGAGCGUUGCCUUAAGCAGCAGGGAUCGAGCUGCGAGGAGUUGCUCGGCUACGGCGAUUCCCUGGUCAAGUGCGGUCGCAUCAGGGAGUCCAUCGGGAUUUACUCCAGGUGUUUAACGUCGAUGUCGGCCGAGAGACUGAAGCACCUGGCUACCGCGCUCCUGGAGGACAUGGUCGGCGCCGGGACGAUCUCGAGACGAAGACCGGAGGCGUCCUUCGCGUGUCCCACGUGCGAGGGUGUUCUCUGCCAGCCGGUGACCACCGGCUGCGGUCACACGUACUGCAGGAAUUGCGCGGAGCCGGCGAAGAACUGUCGCGUGUGCGGGAUCAAGAUUGCCACUGUGAGUGAAACGAAUGUGCUGGUGCAGAGACUCGUGGAGAGAUGGUGGCCGCGAGAGGUGGAGGCCAGCCGAGCUAGGCACGAGGGUGAUAUCCUCGUGAGGAAAGGUCACUUGGGUCAAGCGCUCGAGAGAUACAACCUGGCGGUUCAUCUCGCACCGAAUAGCCCGCUUCACCGUAGCAACAGAGCUCACGUCUUGCUCCUGUUGAAUAGGCCUUUAGCCGCUCUCACGGACGCAGAUCAUGCAGUUAGAUUGCGGCCAGACUGGGGCAAGGGACAUUAUAGAAGAGGAGUCGCUUUGUCCGCGCUUGGAAGACACGAAGAAGCAAUCUAUGCUCUUUGCAUAAGCGUGGCCAUUGAUAAAAAUCCGCAAGCUAUACGCCAUGAAUUGACCAAGGUUCUGCACAGAGCGCUGUCGCCUGGAAUACGUCGACAGAAUGUUCUGUCGUCACGCACGCCAUACAAUCUAACGAAGAGCGCGUCACGCACGAGAAACCGUCAUCACUUAAUGAAUCCCAAAUGCAGGCAACGCGCUAUCCUGAACAGGUCUGAUUGCGAGGACAAUAGCAGUGGCGAAGAGGAAUUCACUCGAACGAUAAACAGAAGACUUCGUUCCUCCAUCACUCCACAGGUCAAUACAAAGUUGCAAGCAAGUCUGAACCGAGUUUAUCAGGAUGUAGAAAAACUGAAACGAAUCGAACCGAGACCCGCUGAAAUCCUCUUGCCGCCCCUUUCCGGCUGCACCGCCGGGGAAUUGGACUGUAUUUUAUGUUGCCGCCUGCUCUGGAAACCUGUCACGACACCGUGUGGUCACACUUAUUGCUGGAUGUGCCUGGAUCGUUGUCUGGAUUACUCCUCGGCUUGCCCUUUAUGCGUCACAUCUUUGGCUGACUAUCUAGCCAGCAGUCAGAAAACCGUGACGGAUUUUGUAGAGAAAGCGCUUAAAACGGUGGCGCCCACGGAAUACACCUCCAGAGCGGUGAGUCAUCGACUCGAACUGGUCCAGGGACUGGGUCUUUUGGGUAACGAGCAGAUCGCCAUCUUCAUUUGCACGACAGCCUUCCCCUGCGUCGCCUGUCCUCUCUUCGUUUACGAGCCUAGGUACAGGCUAAUGGUCAGAAGAUGCGUUGAAAGUGGAGUGCGCCAGUUCGGAAUCGCAGCGUGUCUUAACAAGGAAGCAACGGGCACAAAAAGAUACGCGGAAUAUGGUACUAUUUUAGAUAUUCGAGAUCGAGUAUUGCUCAAAGACGGUUGCAGUAUUCUCAGCACGAUCGGUGGUAGAAGAUUUAGGGUACUUUCCGGUGGAGAAAAGGAUGGUUACGAUACGGCACAGGUAGAAUUUCUCAGGGAUACCAUCGUGCAACAGGAUCAAUUAUUAAAUCUGCUGGAGCUUCAUGAUAAGGUACGAGCAAAAGGCCGAAGAUGGUGGGAAACGGUGCCUACCUCUCAAAAGUCCGAGAUCCAACGAGUGUUCGGGCACAUGCCGGAUACAGAGGAGGACUGGUCGCGUCUACCGGACGGUCCAUCGUGGACAUGGUGGUUGUUCGCAAUCCUGCCAUUGGGACCGCAGUUACAAGUGGGCAUCCUGGGCACCACUAGCCUGGAAAAACGAUUGCGAGCUAUCGAGAAGACUCUCGAUCACAUGGAACAAAGGCAACCAACCGUCGCGGCCGCUCAAUCUGAGCAGACGACAACAUCGUCGAGCAUUUGUAGGGAUGGUAGAACGAUCACGGAGACGGCAAUGUCGGUCGUUCAGCAAUCGUAGAGAGCAACGAAGCGUCUCGAUACCUUGGAAGCAAACCAAUGUCAUUCUGUGGCCUGGAGAUAGAACGGCGAACCUCGGUAUCUCGCAUUCUGCGAAAGAACUUCCAGUAGCAAAAGAUAGUCCUUUUAAUCAGGCAAAUUAUUUGAAAAAAAUAUUCUAAAGUUCCAUUAAAUGAUUCUUCGUAUUUGCCGGAUAAGCUUUGAUAUCAUUCGGUAGAGAUGAGUAAGAUGCGAUAUCUCCAACUUUUCCACAGACUGCAAGUCUUGAAAAUUGCAUUUACUAAGCUCAUAUUUUUGAUCUUAUUGCGCAUCCUUGCGCAAGACAUGAUAUUUCUCUAAGUCCAUGUCACAGGAGGACAUUUCAUUUACACUCUAAACUAUUAAUUUAGUCGGUUAAAUCUUUUCUACAUCGAUCUCUCAUCCGCUGUCGUCCCCGCGACGCGAGUCCUCGAUUGACCCUUCGAUUCUACACUCGACGUACAAAAAGAGUAAUAUCCGUAGAACGCGUAAACACUCGAAACGCCCUGUUAGAAAAUUGGGUCAAUCGAUCAGCAAAUGCACCUGUCCCUCGAUUCCGUUUGGCGGGGAGUUUCGAGCGGCUCCUUGUCUCUCUUCUUAGGUUUAAUAAGGAAACGUUUGGAAGUAUAUAUAUAUAAUUUAAAAAUAUAUUUAAAAUUUUUGUUCAAAAUUUGUUUAAUAUAUCUUACAAUUUCCAUGAUAUUUGCCCAAGGACAGAUGAAUCUGCUCUGAGAAAUUGCCUCAAUUUUUGAAAUUACAAAACAUUUACAAAAAUAUAUAUUUCUUAUUUUUUUUAUCCCCUAUUUAAGUUUUUAUAACAUAUUUAAAGAUCAUCAAACUUGAAAGGGGACUCUCUCCAAAUGUUUCCUUAUAAGUUAAGUUCCAAUCCGAGCAUCUUGCACUUCGUGCUCGUUAAAUCUUCUACAGGACGCUUUAUCGACGAAACGCGGAAAACAAGUACGUUCAUUUAAAAUGAUGAAAUACAUAAUGAUAAUAAUAAUCAUUAUUAUUAUCUGGAACGCUCACUGGGAUAAACAAUAUUUAUUUUUUAUGCAGUAUAUUAUUUUUUCGGUACAUUUUUUAUGCAAUAAAUUUUAUGUAAUAAUUUCUUGUUGACGUUCCAGAAUUAAUUGUGAUAUGAAAGAAAUGCGUUAUCCCAAAUCUGGUAUAUAUAUUUCGAUCAAAUUAAUGACUGGAAACAUAUCUGUAAGAACAAAACGUCGCGUUUCCUCAAUAAGGCGUACCGAUUUUCUUCGCGCUAUCGCAAUACGCAAAUCUGUUCUUCCAGAUAUAAUAUUAUAUAACUACAUAUUAUAUACUUACAUAUAUAUAUGUAUACACACAUAUUUAUGUAUACACAUUCGGAUGCAUACACGUGAUAAAAUCGGAAGUAAGCCGUCUCGUUUUAAAUAUUUGAAUGCGUUAUAAGAUAUACGUAAUAUUUGAGUGCGUAAUAUAACGCAUAGUGGAUCGAAUAUUAUAAUGUAAUAUAAUAAUUCAACAAGACUUUGUUAUAAUCUACAUGGAUUCAAUUAAUAAUUAUUAUCAAUUUAUUAAAUUAAUAAUCAUUCAAUUAAUAAUUAUUAUCAGUCAUAUAAUGAGGACCAAUUGUUUUAAUCAAAA